AUGCAGAGCGUGGUCAGCAUUGAACCCUCCAUUGUCCUAACAGCUGUGGACUCGCAACGCGAAACACUUCUGGAAGUCUCCACACGCGAUCACUGGAACUCCGCCUACACAGAUGAAGAGGAGCAGUAUCCUAGCUCUGCUGGCAGGGCACUAGUUACAAGUGAAAAUGAAAAACAUCAAGGACCAACCCAACAUCCGCUAUUACACAGUGUUCCUUCUGGAUGGACCAGUCACGAACAAAAUCCUGCGAAUACCACUUGGAGUACUGAACAACAUGAAUUCACUGUUGCAGGUGAAAAUGAUAUUGAAAUGGAAUCUUCUCAUACAGCUCUGGCCUCCAACCAUGGGGCCAAACAGAACAACUCAGGGCAAGACGCAUUGCUGUAAUUAUGCUGGGACAAGGGAAAGCACUAUGCCACACCCUGCUUAGAUAGAAUAAUUGUUUCUAGAGGGAAUAAUCAUGAGAGACAUGGCAGCACACCCAUGGAAUUCACCGCUGAUUAAAUCCUCAUGGUAACAGCUGUUGCCACUCCUGACGGUGCCCACCACGAAGACCCAACUCAGCCGACCUUGCCUUCAGGUAGUGAACCCGGACAGGGCACUGAAGCCGUCACCCAUAUCAUGGAUGGCCCUGGUGAUGAGGUUCUCCAUGGGACCACAGCCAGUACAAACACAGCUGGUGAUGACUCUCCUCUGAACGGUACCAUCACGGAGUUCGUGGAUGAUGUUAACCGAGGGAAAGCAACCAAGGAGCCACUGGUGCCUGGCACCUCACCUGGAAGUGAAAGCGAACAAGCCAACACCACAGAUGGUUCCCAUGUCAGUUGGAUACCUGGAGUUUUUCCAGACAUUGAAGAUCACCUUAACCAAUUGCAGACCCCUCUUCCUACUAGAUCUACCUCCAUUAAAAAUGGUGAUGAAGUACCACACCAGGGACAUUAUGAAUCCACUACUUUCCCUGCAGAGACCACAACAGAAAUAGUUUCACAACAAAGGUCAGCCCAGGUACCAGAAUGGCUGAUCGUAGUUGCCGCGCUUGUGGCACUUGCAUUGAUUCUUGCAGUGUGCAUUGCUGUCAACAGUCGGAGAAGAUGUGGGCAGAAGAAAAAGCUAGUGAUUAACAAUGGCAAAGGGGCAGUGGAGGACAGGAAGACAAGUGGAUUAAAUGGAGAUGCCAGCAAAUCACAAGAAAUGGUGCAUUUGGUUCAUAAAGAACAGUCAAAUGACCGAACAGGAGCAUGUGAUGAAUUCCUGACCGUUAAUGAAACACAGAACCAUCAGGAGCUUGACAUGAAGAGUGGAGUGUAAUGGUACCUGGUUACUAAGUACAGCAGAGCUGGGGGAAGCAAAAUCACAUGGAACUUGGAAAGUCAUUCACAAAUGCACUGUGCUACUGAUGUCUUUUGAACAUAAUUAAACAUAAGUUUUACUCAUUUUUAAUCACUUUAAAAUGAUUUCUGAGUUACAAAAUUGGCAUUUGCUGUCUGAAAUAAGCCCC